UCAGUUUAGGGAAAUGAGACAACACGAUAGAACCGGAUGAGGUUUCGCCGUUAUUGUUAAGCUGUGUGGCAGCUUUCCUUGUCUGGUUUUGUUGGUUCCUUUCCUCAUUCGUCCUUGAGGAGAGAGAGAGAGAGAGACAGAGAGAGAGAGAGAGGGAUCGAAUCUUGGGUUGUUCGGUUCGGUUUCUUGCUUGCAACGGCGGCGGCGAGAUCGCCGACAAAGAUGCGAGGUAGGAGAUGUGGAAGGAGGUCAGGGACAGGGAAGCGGGUAAGUUGCCCCCGAUCACAUUCGCCAGCCGUGUCCGCUCCCGUCGCGUUUCCGCCCUCGGCCUCUCCAACCACAAGGAGAUCGUCAGCCCCCACCACGGCGCCGUCAACGCCCUUCAGGUUGACUUGACAGAGGGGCGAUAUCUACUUUCUGGAGCAUCGGAUGGAUCAGCUGCUGUUUAUGAUAUCCAACGUGCAACUGAUUAUGAGGAAGGUCUGAUUGCGAGACACAGGAGUCUAUUUGUGGUUGACAAGCAACAUGAAUAUGGACAUAAAUUUGCUAUAUCCGCUGCCAUCUGGUAUCCAGUAGACACAGGCUUGUUUGUCACGGGUUCUUUUGACCAUUUUGUCAAGGUUUGGGAUACAAAUACGACUCAGGGUGUCAUGGAUUUUAAAAUGCCUGGAAAGGUUUAUGGCACAGCAAUGUCUUCAGUAGCUAAGGCACACAUGCUUAUUGCUACUGGGAGUGCAGAUGUUCAAGUUCGUCUCUGUGACAUUGCUUCUGGAGCAUUCACUCAUACAUUAUCGGGUCAUCGUGAUGGAGUCAUGACUUUGGAAUGGUCUACUUGUAGUGAGUGGAUUUUGAUGACUGGGGGUCGCGACGGUGCAAUACGUUUUUGGGACAUUAGACGUGCAGGAUGUUUCCGUGUUUUAGACCAGUCACAAUGUCAGCUUGGAAGGCGACCUCCUUUCCUUGAAAACACAUCAAAAGGGAUUGUUGCAAGGACAUCCCUUGCAGGGUCAUCUUCUUUGGCUAAUAAGUCUGUAUCUAAGAAAAAAACUGCUCUUGGUAAUGGGAUGAAACAGUCGCAAGCCCUUCGUAAGCCUCAAAAUCUCUUAAGAACGCCUGUGCGGCAGAGAUCACAUCCUGGAAUGUCUUCUAGUCAUGAUCGAGCAACAGCUCAUUAUGGUGCUGUGACUGGAUUAAAAGCAAGUGGAGAUGGCAUGUAUCUUCUGAGCUCAGGCUCAGAUGCACAAUUAAGAUUGUGGGAUAUUGAAUCUGGUUUGAACAUCUUGGCCAAAUAUGAAGAAAUGCGCCCGCAGACUACCAAAUCAUUACAUCUGGCUCUUAACCAAGACUCAUCUCUUGUGUUUGUUCCAUGCAUGGCAACUGUGAAGGCAUGUGAUGUGUGGUCCGGCUUGACACUCCAAACGUUUCGUGGUCACUAUGAAUUAGUCAACUGCUGCUAUUUCAAUCUGCAGGAUCAGGGUCAUGCUUAUCAUAAUAUCCUGGCUUAUAGGAGCUGUAUACUGGGAGCAAUGAUCGGCAAAUUCUUGUGUGGUCUCCCCCCAGUGCAAUUAUAAAUGACUUGGAAGAAGAUAAUAGAAAAGAAGGAAAAUUUUCAGCAGAUAAAGAUAACUGGAGCGACUAAAAAUGCUGCCUUUUCAUGAAUUUUGCUGUAAUUAGAAGUUUUUUGGUCUUUGAAGACAGACAUAGAUGUAGAGAUAUGCAAUUCUGGGGGUUUACAUGGUCUCUAUUCAUUGCUAUGUUGUGUAACCAAACUAACACGUAAUUAUACUAGUUCUUAUGGCAACGAUAAAAUGUUUCUUUAGUGUGCCUUGUGCUUCUGUAUAGUA